CCGAUUAUAAACGGAACUAGUGGCGCUACUAGGCAGUCAUAACGGUACACCUUCUCUUCAAACGACUCCGUAGUUUAAGAUAACGCGAAUCAUUUCUAUGAUUUUCCUACAGAUCAGAAGAAACGGAUGUCAUUAGAGUGACAUACUGUUGCAUGUCAUACCACACACGGAUUUAGCAUUAUAUCCAAUGUAAUUUUCAAUGCUGCUGGGUUCGUGAAUUGGAUAUUUGACAUCAGCAAAGAGUGUUCAACAUUCUCUGUGAGUUACGUUAAGUAUGCUGAUGACGAAAAUGACAGAUAUUUCAGGCGCUAUAUGUGAACUGGAGAACUGUAGAGAUGAAUUGGUGACAUUGCUGAACUGGAGUUUGUUUCACUGAAUUCUCGACAUAAACUGAAAUGGACAUGGACUUAUCUCUGAUCGAGCUGGAUUCCAAAUAAUGCCAUGGGAUUAUCAGGGACCACAGGACAAUUAAUACAGUCCCUUGGUUCCCUGUGGGCAUCACAAUUAAGAGGAAUCUACUGUUUAAACCGUUGAAAUCUGACAAUCGGUUUUAAAGCCAUAUCCUUCAAUUGUCCUUAGAUAACUGUUUUAAUAUAUAACAAUGGGUCGUCCGAUGGGUCGCAAAGACUCCAGGAGAUAUGACAAUAAAUCGCCUAGUAUAUCCCAUUCCUCGCCCCCAGACGUAUGGUGUAUUUUCCGGCUGAGGGACAGGGAUCGUCGAACAGAAAAGCCAAAGAAAUCGUGUUGUGACAAAGCUACAUUUGUGUGCGAGAGAGAAUUGUCACAGCGGCAUUACCGACAAGGCAAGAAACGAUGCUGUCACGACAAGCAAGAUGAUUUCUCUGAUGACAAAGGGGACAUCUAUACAACCGCCGGUGAAUCGUCGGACAUGGACGACAGUUCAUCAGACAAUAGUUACUGCUCCAGUAGUGCCACCAUGGACCAAAUGGAGCUAGCAGAGCAGUUAGCCAUGGUCCAGGAGAUGGUACAGGAGAUGAAGACAGGCUUUGCCACAGCCAUGGAGGAGCUAGCUAACAUACAGUUUGGAGACCAAACCUUACAACAGCAAAUGGUCACUGACCGGUCAGAAAACAAACAAAGGACCAUGGAAUUGACUGAGGCAGUGCAGUCCCUAAGGACUGAUAUAGAGAAUUUGUCCAGUCAGUUGAAGGAUGUGUCCGAGGCUCAGAGGUCACUGGAGGUCAAAGUGGACAAUGUUAAAUCCUUCGACAAAGAGGCAUUCCUCGAUGAACUUCAGAACAUAGGCGUUGCUGCUGACCAAGCCAGAUACCAGACACAGACAAGUAAGAGAGGCAGUGAUAUCCAGCCCAAGGAUGUGUCCCCUCUGGUCCACCCCUACCUGGCCAGUCUCACUCAGGACAAAGCUGAAGACUCGGACUGCCCAGUCGUGACGGCCUUAGCCUGUAAGAGCCUUAAUCUAUCACAGGCGUUACACGAAAAGUGCUUACACCUCGACUUGUCUGCUUCUAGUGACGAUGACGAAACAAUACGCCAUGCACAGAAUGCAAGACUGGCGUUACUUAAUACUGACAACAGUCACCUUUCCGAGGCCAAAGCACACUUUUCUAAGAAAAUCCCUCCACAUGAGAAAGUUCUGGAAGAAGUCCAGAGAGAGAAGUGUGCCCAGGAGGCCAUCAGUGCUGAGAGGUCGUACUGCUCACAGUUAUGGACCCUGAUUGAUGCGGUAAUCCGACCGAUUCGCCAGGAGGAGCUGAUGACACAGCGAGAUCUCAGUACCGUCUUCCCCUCCUACCUUCCCCAUUUAUAUGAGCAGCACUGCAUCAUGUUACGGAAGAUGGAGGAACGGAUGGUAAAGUGGAAAUACACCGGCCUGAUAGGAGAUGUGUUUGUAAAGUUUACAGACACCCAGGAGGGGGAGGGUCUAUCUGUAUACAAGGAUUACAUCAAUGACUUCCCCACCGUCAUCAGCAACAUCAACUACUGGUUUACACAGUCGGCACGCUUCAGAGAUAUCAUGGGGAGUUCCAGUCUAGCUACUUCCAGUGUGAUUCCACUGUUGCUGGCUCCAUUACAACAGAUUCCUAAAUACUCACUUCUCAUCAAGAACAUGAUUAAACACACUGGACCGGACCAUCCAGACCGGUACUACCUAGAUACCGCCCUGACUCGGCUCAAGAGUUUCCUUGGCAUGAUGAACAAUGACCUUGAGCAUGCCAUGCAGUUCAUGAAUGUCAACAAGGUUCCUAUAGAUCGGUCUCGUGACUAUGGGAACUCUGUACGAUCUCGUUCGAGUGGCAGUAGCUGUGAAGCGAACCAAGUGUCCAGUGCCAGAGACAGUGGUAUACAUUCCAAUGGGGAAGAUAACUUACUCCGACAGCCUGCCUCUCCCAACACCACCAGGAGAUAUGUUCUGCAGGUGUUGCGGGAUCGUCGUGAAAGAGAAGCUGUCGAGAGUCUGAAUGAGGUUAGAGAGAGGCCUAGAUUGGCCAUACCUGUACGUGCUCAUACCUUAGGGUACGGAAGUCACCCUGAUCUAACGACACACGAACUGACAGAGUUUGUGGCAGGAGGUACCAGGGAUCUACCAUCAUACGCCCCAUACCAAUCUGCUAGCAAGAUGUACUCCUCCAUGACCAAAAUUCAACAGACACGAGAUCCGCCAAAAAGUCCAGAGAAACCUCCUCGCAAGAUUAAAAUUCGGAGAAGGCCAGAUAGUCAGAAAAGUUCUUUGAGUUCUAAUUCUAAUUACUUGAGGCCUUUGACACCGCACUUUCCAUAUAAUAACACACAUAGACAGGACGAUUUCAAUGAGAACGACAUUCCACGCUCUCACUCUGCAAGCAGACGACUACGGACCAACCGACCAGCUUCAUCCAUAGAUUUCACAGGUGGAGAGUCAGAGAGGAGAAAUAGAAUGAUGGAACAACUUUCAUUUCAUCCUUCAGAGAGAAGUACCCCCAGGGAUCAGAAAUCUGAUGGGAGAGGUCGUAGUGAACUUCAUCUGUCUCUUCAGCGUCUCAUGGCAGAGCGGGAUCGGUCUGAUGCUCUUGAAAAUGACCGCUACGAUAGAGGAGCCAACCAAUUCCAACCACUAGAUGUCAGCUCUGUUCACUCAUCAGAAAUGAAAGAAAGUUAUCAUCAACACAAUCACAGGCGCUCAAGCUAUGGACAGGAAGUGCAUCAGCAAGAAGAGGAUUAUGGGAUAUUUGGGGAUGAUGAUGAAGAAGAAAGCUAUCAACAAAGUCCUCGUGACAUUGUGGCAUCACCAAACUCAAGAUCACUAGACACCGAGGUGAUAGGAGGUGACAUGAACUAUAUUACAGCAGAUAAGGGUCUACAUUUAUCACGACCAGAGGAUGCAGGUCCCAAGAGAAUGAGUGGGGAACAACUGGCAGCAUCAUUAGCCCUCAGUUUGGGCGACCAAAUCUCUACAGAGGAAGAGGAUUCUACCUCUAGUCAUGACCAUAACCACCUUGUCCCUCAUGGUCGACAAGGAUCAAUAAAUAUAUCAUCCAGCCAGGCACUUAGCAGCAAUGAACAGCUAGACCAGACACCUAGGUAUACAGGCAAGGUAGAAAUCUCAAAUGGGAGUCAAAAGCAAGAACCAAGGAAACCGGCAAGGGGAGUUAACUCUGUCAAACUGAGCCCUAUUCUGAGUAGCUAUGAUCAGGGGGAGGUAGUAGGUGACAGCAUCAUCCAUGAUAUUACUGACAAUAGUGAUGACCCACGACUGUCUCAUCCCAGUGGUCUGUCAAUGGACCUACAGACUCAAUGUAACACAUUAGAUCGAGCUAGAAAAUAUGUUGUUCCUGCUGAGAAACCAUCAGAAGAUAAUAUGCCGAAACAACAAAUUCCAACUAAGUUACGAACAAGUUUUUCUGACAUAAAUAGGAAUGAAUUAAAAGUAAGUAGUGUUGAUAGUAAUAAUGUAGUAAAACGGACAUCAUUACCAGUGGCCCAACAGUCUCAACGUACCAGUCUGUCUCCUAGUAACGCUGAUGGGACACACAUUCCUACCAUCAGAGGUCGUCGUGGGUCUGCCAGUGUGGAGAGAACACCAAAGAAAUUACCAGUGGUGUUGGGACGACUUAGUCAGCCCAAUCUCGAACAAAUGACAGCAGAGGCCAAGUUUCCUUCCCCUCCAGUCAGCCCCACAAAGAUGACAGCUAAAGACACAAAAAUCCCUCUUUAUACACCUAACAGGGCUAAAAAGGAAAGAGCUCCCAUGUCCCCUAGGGAUCCAAUGUCUAAAUCGAGUGAGGACAUUUCCAAACUCAAGAAAAAGCCGGGUACUGCUUUCAAACAGUCCAUCAAGAACUUCUUUGGAAGGAAAAGCGAGAGACUUAGGAAGAAGGCCAAGUAUGAGUUUCAGGACACGGAUACCUUUACUGACCUCCAGGUAGGCCAGGACGACGAGGUCCAGAUCCAGGUUAUACGGGAUGCAGACGAGGAUGACGUGGAAUACAGCGAAGAAAACAUUCAAAUAGCAACAAAUUUCUUUCCAGCAUCAUCAUCGUACGACACAGAACAAUCAUUCGAAUAUGAAGAAUCGGCCAGUAGCACAGUGUAAUAACAACGAAUAUUUACAAAGUGAUAAAUAUCUUAGAAACAGUAUAGAGAAGCUUGAUACGUGGACGAGUUUUGUAAGAAGGAUGAUCUAUACAAUAAAACUCUGUUUUAUAGGCCUUAUUCGUCAUUACGUGAGGACCAAUUCGUUAUGUCACAAUGUUAUGUAUUAAGCAUUGUUUUCGGAAUCGUGCAUGAUAACAAAGACAAAAAAGUAAAGAUUCUGAAGAACGUUACUAGGAAAGAACAAGUUAUGGACAUUCAACGUGCUGGUCAAACAUUUAAAAAAUGCGACUAUGUUUGACAAAGAGCACAUUUUCGUACAUGCAAUAGUCCUAACAAUACAACGAUCUUUACGCAGGGCAUUAGUAAAGUUAGUAUAUAAAUCUCACAAGACCAAUGGUUAUAACGCCUGUUAGUUAUACGAGGGCUGAGUGAUAAGUUGUGAGCCUCGUAUUGAAGGGGGUACCCAAGGACUGGUCUCAUUUGGUUUGUGUAUAUCGACGGGGUAGCACUCUAAAGUAAACAAGACAAGAAGCGAUUUUUGCUAAAUGGAUAACACUGGUUAGGGUUAGGUUGAAAGAGUCUGUCAUUACCAUGGCUGCCUUUCACGAUUGUGGCUUUAAAUUGAUUGAGUAUCCGCCUUAUCACUUGAUCUCCAUCAGACUUUCAUCUAUUUCCAAAACUGAAAACAUCUAUUUCAGGCACCCUAACCCUAACAUGCAGUGGAUGACUUUCUUAACAGCCAAGAAAAGGAGUUCUUUAAAUGUGGCCCUUAAACACCGCUGGCAAAAGUUUAUAGAUACUGAAGGAGAUUAUGUUGAAAAUAAUACAAUAUGUCCGGCAAAAUUCAAAUCAUGCAAUAUGAGGCUCACAACUUAUCAAUACGCCCCCAUAUAAGCUUAAUGGUAUUACUUAGCCCAUGUGAUCAAAACAGGGUAAAAUGUAGGAUGCUAUGAAAAUAUCUGCCUUCUUUACGUUUGUACAAGAACCUAAAUGAUACAAGUUGUAAGAAUGGAGAUUAUAUAAAUGAUACAGUUGUACGGUCUACCCGUCAAUGUCUUUUAAGUCUUUUUCAAAGUCUACAUAGCAAUUUUGUAAGUCUGGAAUGGUAGUUGAUUUUCAGAGUUGGUGAGAAUAGGGAUCGGUGGGUGGGCGUGAUUGUAUGAUGACUCGUUUACGUUCACGAUUAUCAACAUGUUCUUUCAUUGAUAAUUUUACACGAAAGGCCAGUCUCGCGAGCUAAGGAGCUGCAUUGUAUGAGAGACUUCUGAUGUCCCCUACUAGAUCGAUAAACAUGAUUUUUAUUUAUUAAUUCUUUUUAUUAACAUUUCAUCAUUUUUAUAAGCAGAUAAUAGAAAUCGUAUAUAUUUUUUCUUAUUAUUUGCAGUUCUGGGAACAUGUAUGUGAUAUUCACUGGUGUUUGUUUUAAAAGUCACAUUUAUUCCGUCGAAUUGGUGAUCUCAUGGUUGUGCAUACUGUUUUAUAUCUGUAAUACAAUGAUGCAUACUUUCGAUGUCAUAUAUAUGACAGUUUCAUGUCUCCAUGUGAGUUAGCGUGAUAUGAUAGCUCUACGAAGACAAGACUAGGAUACAGUCCUCAACCUUCCCCAUCCAUUUGGUAUCGUAUUUCACAUGUCCAUCUUUGAGUUUCGCAUCACUUGAUAAAUAUACAUUGAGUUUCGCAUCACUUGAUAAAUAUACAUUGAGUUUCGCAUCACUUGAUAAAUAUACAUUGAAAGGUGGACGUGGAUGACGAUAAUUGUGUCACUGUCUCAUGUACGUUUGGAAGUAAUAGAUAUUUAAAAUUAAUAAACGUGGAACACUUUAUACUUUUUUUUUCAAAGAGAAGAGAUAUAUUUAUUGUGAAUAGCUAUCAUUAUGAAAAUUAUUAUAAACAUUAUAUGCCCGGAAAUAUUUAGAUGCAGUGUCGACGAUUUUGAUAAUUGGGAUUUAUUUUUAUGUAAAAUUUACAGUAUUUAAUACAUGUACUGUGGCAUUUCAUUUCUACCAACCAUCAUCCGAUACGUCUUGUCGAUGUGUUUGUGUCGAAGUGAUUUAUUAAGGUAUAGCUCCAACGGCGUGAAGCACACUUUCGCAAGCAUACCUUAAUAUUUCCAUAGCUUGUAUAAGUAUACAAGCUGAAACGGGCCUUUCAUCGGUCAUAUUGAUAUUUGAUUACAAACGGUGUGUCUGUUUAUGGUAGUGUGGAUGGACUAUAAAAGAAUGCUUUCCAACACAAGAAUGGAAAGAGCAGCAGGUUCGUGAAUCAGUCAUUAACACGCACUUUCAUCAUACAUAAAUUGUCAUAGAGUUAUACCGAAGGUGAAUAUCACACUAAUUCAUUAGAUAUCGAUCAUGACGUAUAACAUAACACCUCCGGGGUAUAACUCGACUCCAGUUAUAAGGACCAUUUCAGAGCUGACAUGUUGUGACUGAUGGGUUUGUUUAGAGUCGUUUCGUACUGAUGGCAGCAUCUAGUGCUAAUAACACUACACGGAUACGUGUUUGUGCACGUCUUUGCAAUAAGCAACCUUUAUUGUCUCUGCUCCAAAAUUCAAUACCAACUAAGGUUACACCGGGAUGACAUCACUGAUCGAUGUACCUAAUACCGGAUGUGUAACAAACUUUUUGAUAGACUAAAUAUCACUGAUCGAUGUACCCAAUACCGGAUGUGUAACAAACUUUUUGAUAGACUAAACAUCACUGAUCGAUGUACCUAAUACCGGAUGUGUAACAAACUUUUUGUGACUAAAUAUCACUGAUCGAUGUACCUAAUACCGGAUGUGUAACAAACUUUUUGAUAGACUAAAUAUCACUGAUCGAUGUACCCAAUACCGGAUGUGUAACAAACUUUUUGAUAGACUAAACAUCACUGAUCGAUGUACCUAAUACCGGAUGUGUAACAAACUUUUUGUGACUAAAUAUGUGAUUGAACUUGUUAGCCUACAAUGUAUGUAAACGACCGUAUAUUUGGUUAUACUGUGUAGUGUCUGGGUCUACCAAUGACAUUCAAUAUUCAUGAAUUAUACAUUACAUACUUUAUAGAAGAUAUUUUAUUUUAGUAAACGGGGAUAUCAUUUAAUGAAGAAGACAUUGCUAAUAUUCAUAUGAACGCUGUAAAGUGCCUUAUUAAGUACGGUUCACUCUAUCUUAGUGGAUAUGGUCAAAGAGUUGUGUGUGUAUGGUAUAAUGCGUCGUAGAUAAGUACAGAAUAUUUUGUUAACUAUGGAUACAAAAUGAAGAGACAGUUUGUGCCAACUCUUUAAUUUAUAUUAAAUAAAAUUAUUAAUUAAAAUAAA